AUGGCGAACCUUUGUUUCCAUUUCUCCUUCUCCAUGUUCUUAUUGCUUUGUCUCAUGAUUCACCCCACUUGUUGUCAUACCAAUUUCAGUACUGAUGAAUUGGCACUUCGUGCCUUUAGAUUUUCUGUGAGAGACCCUUAUAAUCACUUGGAUGAUUGGACCAACUCUUCUUCCAUCUGCAAUUGGUUAGGGGUUACAUGUGAUUAUAAUUAUGGGACAGUGAGGAUCCUGGAUCUUAGUGAAAUGAGUCUUAAGGGAACCUUACCCUCACAAAUUGGAAAUCUAUCUUUCCUUGUGAAGCUCGACCUUCACAGCAACAACUUUUAUGGUGAGUUGCCAAAAGAGUUAUUCCAACUACGCAAGUUGAAAAUUCUCAACUUGAGCUAUAAUGCAUUCAAUGGAGUAAUCCCAACUUGGAUCGGAAGCUUGUCUGCACUUCAACACUUGAUUCUCAACAACAAUAGUUUUGAUGGUGUUAUUCCUUCAAGUAUAUCCAAUUUGUCAAAGUUGGAGAGCUUGGAAUGCAGAUCCAAUUUUAUAAAAGGUUCCAUUCCAUUUGAAAUUGUAAGACUUGGGAGAUUGAAGAUUUUGCGCAUUUCAGUAAACAACCUUUCAGGAAUAAUACCUUCAGCUGUUUCUAAUUUAUCCUCACUUGAGCAUAUCAUUUUAUCUUACAACUUUUUAUCAGGGAAUAUUCUUGAAACAAUUGGUGCUCUCACAAACCUGAAAAUAAUAAGCCUAAGUGUUAACAAGUUGUCUGGCCAAAUACCAAGAAGUAUUGGAAACUUAACUUUGCUUCAAGAAUUAUAUCUCGAUCACAAUAACUUAGAAGGAGGUAUUCCUGAACAGAUUGGUAAUCUUAAAAGUCUGAAAAUUCUAUAUUUAGACACCAAUCAAUUUUCUGGCCACUUACCAUCAACUAUCUUUAAUCUAUCUGAACUGCAAGUGAUUGAUUUAAGUUGGAACAAUUUGUCGGGAGCCAUUCCCUCAAAUAUAUGUCAUGGCCUUCCAAAUUUACAAGCUUUGCUUCUUCAAGCCAACAAAUUAUUUGGAGCUAUGCCAUAUGGUUGGACACAAUGCAAGCAGCUCAAAACGUUAGAGUUAGAAGUCAACUUCUUUACAGGCCGUAUACCCAAAAGCAUCACAAACUUGACUAUGCUUCAACAGUUAACUAUGCAUUCCAAUAACUUGAAAGGCAUUAUCCUUUUAAGGCAUAAACGACAACAAAAUUCAAGGGGUCUAGUCAAAAUUGAUUUAUCAAUUUUAGGACUGCCCAAAAGGAUUUCUUAUUUUGAAAUCCAAGAAGCAACCAAUGGAUUUGAUGAGAGUAACAUACUUGGAAGGGGUAGUUAUGGUUCUGUGUUCAAAGGAAAACUUUCCAGUGAAAUGAUCAUUGCAGUUAAGAUCUUCAAAUUUGAUUCACAUGUAAUGUUAAGGAGCUUUGAAAAAGAAUGUGACAUAUUGCGUAAUGCUCGCCAUCGCAAUUUGGUGAAGCCGAGCAACAUUUUAUUGGAUAAUGAAAUGGUUGCUCAUGUUAGUGACUUUGGAAUUUCCAAACUUUUAGACAAAGAGGAAUCUAAGACAAACACAGAGACAGUACCUACUAUUGGCUAUGUGGCACCUGAGUAUGGAUAUUUUGGAGUUGUUUCAACAAAAGUAGAUGUGUAUAGUUAUGGAAUUAUGCUAUUAGAGGUGUUUACAAGAAAAAGGCCCACAGAAGAUAUGUUUGUUGAAGGAUUGAACUUGAAGAGCUGGGAUGGGGAUGGGGUGCGUAAAGAAGAAGAAGAUGAUGAUGCUGAAGGAUGCGGAGCGACGCGCAGGGGGAACGCCGCGGAGAGGAUCUGCUUCCAAAGCAAAGAGGGUUGCCGCUUAAGAGAAUAUGGAUAA